CUGGUGGUGUGAGAAGAAAACAUUGAAUCUGUCAUCUGAUUGAGAAGAAAACUGAUUUGAUGUUAUCGCAAUGGCUGAAGCAAACCAUCCACAGACUGAUGAGAUAACAGUUACAGAGACAGUGCAAGAGUCGGCCAGUACAAGUCCCAGACUCGUGCUGAAGCUGAAGAAACCAAAAAAUGACAAGAAGGUCCAGUGGUCAAACGACACCGUGGAUAAUGAACAUAUGAACAAGAAAAAGUCAAAAUGCUGUUGUAUUUAUGAGAAGCCAAAGUUGUUCGGAGAGUCAUCAUCUGAAGACGAGGACGGAGAUGACCAUGACUGUACAUCUCACUGCCGUGGUCAUCGUAAAAAGUGUUUUAGGGCAGAUAUACCAGAGGAAAGCUCCGACAGUGUGGGGCCAUCACACAGUGCUGAUCCUUAACAAACAACACAUUAACAUUUAUUAGGAACUAAUACAUGUAUUUAUUUAAAACAAAGAGAUAAAUAUCAGCAUCAGGGAUUGGAAUCCCCUUUCAGCAAGGUAAAGGAAAGUAACUGGAAAACGGUGGUGAAGUUGCAGUAUUAGUGUUAUAUUUUCUCUUUACCUGUUAAGUGAACUUUUGUGAUUACCACCAAAGACCAGUCAGUGUGGACUUUAGAAGCAACUUCUGAAAAAUUCACCUAUAAGGUAUGACAAGCACUGCUAAAUCCAUCCUGAGAAACACCAGUGUAAUAUUGACAUUGAAUUUGGUUUCUGCUUCUGAUGGGUCAAGGUGAGAGGUCACCAAUAAAGACCAGUAUGACCAGCUCUUGAAAGGUGAAAGGUCAACUAUGACCAGUACUGCUAAAUCCAUCCUGAAAAACACCAGGUACCUCUCUGCAUUGACUUUGGAACCCACUUCUGCGAGGUGAAAUGUCACCUUUAAAGUAUGACAAGCACUGCUAAAUCCAUCCUGGUAAACACCAGUGUAAUACAUGUAUUGGCAUUGACUUUGCUCCUGAUAGGCCAAGGGUGAGGAGUCACUUGUAAAGUGUGACCCGUGCUGCUAAAAGCAUACACCAGGGUAAUAUUGACCUUGAUGUUGGAACUCUGCUCCUAAAAGGUCAAGACAAUACUGUAUAAACCUGACACUGACAGUCACCAAGGUAUGACCAGUGCUGGUGAAACCAUCCUGAAAACAUUAGGACACAGUUUCUAGUAGUGUGUAAGAUUCCCUUCCCGAUUAUAGGACAUUCCUAAAAAAAUAAGGAGUGGUGUCGGAUUCUCUCCAGGAUGUAAACCAGUGGUGUUGAAUUCUCUUUAGGAUGUAAACCAGUGGUGACGGAUUCUCUCUAGGAUGUAAACCAGUGGUGUCAAAUUUUCUCUAGGAUGUAAACCAGUGGUGUCAAAUUCUCUCUUGGAUGUAAACCAUUGGUGUCAAAUUCUCUCCAGGAUGUAAACCAGUGGUGUCAAAUUCUCUCCAGGAUGUAAACCAGUGGUGUCGAAUUCUCUCCAGGAUGUAAACCAGUGGUGUUGAAUUCUCUCCAGGCUGUGAACCAGUGGUGACGGAUUCUCUCUAGGAUGUAAACCAGUGGUGUCAAAUUCUCUCUAGGAUGUAAACCAGUGGUGUCGGGUUCUCUCUAGGAUGUAAACCAGUGGUGUCAAAUUCUCUCCAGGCUGUAAACCAGUGGUGACAGAUUCUCUCUAGGAUGUAAACCAGUGGUGUCGGAUUCUCUCUUUGCUUGUUGAUAGAUGUAUGCUGAAAAUAACCCAAGAAAGUAGGACUUGUGAUGUUGAAGACUCUCUCCUUGCUGGAAAAAAACAGUGCCAGGAAAAGAUCACCAUUGGCAUCAGAUUCUCUCUUCUCUUGUUGAUAACUUUAUGCUGAAAAUAACCCAAGGAAGUACGUGUAGAACUUGUUGUGCAGAAAAAUAACAUUUCUAGGAAAAGAUCACCAGUGGUGUCAGAUUCUCUUUUUGCUUGUUGAUAACUUGAUGCUGAAGAUCACCCAAGGGAGCAGGACUAGCAGUAUAGGAGAAUCUGUCUUUGCUGGAAAAGAACAAUGCUUGGAAAAGAUUACCAGUGGUGUUACAUUCUCUUUUUGCUUGUUGAUAACUUGAUGCUGAAGAUCACCGAAGGAAGCAUGACUUGCAAUAUGGGAGAGUCUCUCUUUGCUGGAAACAAACAAUGCCAGGAAAAGAUCACCAGUGGUGUUAAAUUCUCUUUUUGCUUGUUGAUAGCUGUAUGCUGAAGAUCACCAAAGGGAACAGGACUAGCAGUAUAGGUGAAUCUCUCUUUGCUGGAAAUGAACAGUGCCAGGAAAAGAUCACCAGUGGUGUUAGAUUGUCUUUUUUUGUUGAUAACUUGAUGGUAAAAAACACCCAAGAGAGCAGGACUAGCAGUAUAGGAGAGUCUCUCUUUACUGGGAAAGAACAAUGCCAGGAAAAGAUCAGCAGUGGUGGUGAAUUCUCUUUUCCUUGUUGAUAACUUGACGCUGAAAAAUGUCUGGGAAGAACACCAUUGGUGUUUGAGCUAAUCUCUUUUGGCCAGCUGAUCUUGUGAUAGGUUAGAGUAUUUGUCAUUGAAAGAUUCCAGAAAAUGUCAUUAUUGGUGUCUUUGGUGUUUAUUAUCUUUUCCUGUCACUUUUAAUUGUCACAGAUUUAUCACAUCUGAUGAAUGAGUUAUAAGAUUCUGUGAUUUAAGUGCUUAUUCCAGAAAUUUCAUAAAGAACACUGACAGAAGUUUUGUACGAAAUAUCCUGAUGUUGGAGAAUCAUCACUGUAUAAACCGUCACUUUUUCAUAUCCAUCUGUGAUCUGCCAUCAACAAUCUUUAGGUGCAGAGAUAUGCAAGACCAUCUACACAUGAACUUGUGAGAUGGUGGUGUUAUAAAAUGAGUAUGCUGCCCUUCCCCGAUUCUCCUUGACUUUUAUCACAAGGGUGAUAAAGGCAACAAACAGUCAACUGAAUUCCAGAACACAAAAGUUUGAUAAACUUGUUACUGGCUCAUGAUGAGGUAAAAGCUUCAAACUAUCGGUAUAUGUGAACGUUCAGGACAUAUGUUAUAAGAACAGCUACACCUGUCACAAGGUGACUGUGCACCAGUGUCAGUUACGUUUUUGGGGGUUUUUUUUUCACUUCAAGUAAGAUGUUACUGAUUAUAUAGACACUGUUUGCAGAAUUAAGUACCUGUUAAUGUGAAGGCAAUGUCAGGUGGUGAGGCAGUUUUAUCGGCUUCAUAUUAAGGCUUGUAACAUGUAUAUUUAUCUCUUAAAAUGUUUUUAUGAAAUAAAAUGAAAACAGAAAAUUUGAUUUCAUUAGCGAAAUAUGGAUUUUGUGUCCAAAUACUCAAGUAAGGAAGUAUGGCAUCUUGAACAACCUGUUGUAGGCCCUUAAUGUGAUUUUAUAUAAGUAAUUUUGAAUGUGCAGAUUAAGCUAUAAACACAAAGCUAUGUUGUUGUUGGUUUGUAUUGUGGUAUAGAAGAUGUUGAAAACCUUGCUGUAUUUAUUGUAGGACAGAAAUUUUAGUAGACAUGGCUCCAGGAUCUGCAAGCUGUAUUAUGCUUCGGCGACACCAGUUUUAUUUUGCGUUUUAGGUGCGAGCCAACUCUGAAAAAUCCAAAAUUGGAAUAAAUAUAAAACUGAAAAUCCACAUUUUGAUUUUGUCUGAUCUCCAUGUCUUUUAAUGAUUUUUCUGUUUUUGGGCUUUUUGUUAAUAUGUCUUCAUGAGGAAAAAUUGACAAAAUCACAAAACAACAGUUGAAACUUACAAAAGGCAGUCUUUCACAUCACAACUGAUAGCGUGCUCGAGUUGCGAAUAGCCACUGACAUUUGUAGUUUAACACAUAAUAGAUAUCUAAACUGUUAUUAAGAAGAAAAUAAAAAUUAGUUCUUGCCGUCAAACAUAAAAUGAGGAAAACGGUCACAUGUUAAGCUGAAGACAGCUUUUUGUGUUGCUGGGGAGUGAGAGAGGUUUAUUUUGAACAUUGCUGGUGAUUAUAUGUAUAUAUUUUAUCAGUGGUUUACAAAAAUGUGACUACUGUAUGGACAUUGUACAUGUUGAUGUAUAUAGCGUAGAAAACUAUCCAAUGGAAGUGUGAUCUACAGUGAAUAUUUAGGCACACUUCCUACAUGCAUAUGCAAGGUGAAUGACCUAAAAUUUUUUCCCAUGGCAAGAUUGCACAUUUUGCUUGAUUAUGUUGUUCUAGAGGUUUGGAGGUUUGUUGCGAAGUUCGGAUUGUAUAUCCAACUGGCAACAAACGAAAAGUGUACUGAGUUUGAAGUUUAAGGGAGAUAACCACAUUGGUUGGAUUGGCCAAUUUCAGGGCUUCAGAAAAAAGUAUAGUUUUAUGAGUCUACAUGUACACAGAAUAAUGCCUUCAGAAUGUGGCUGAAACAACACCUUGCAAACAUGCGAAAAGGUUGAAGAAUUAUGGUGUGCUAAAUUGACCUUUCCUGAAACAUGCCCCCAAAUAUUAUUUAGUACUGAGAGAACACAAUAUAAAAAUUACCUUGUUUAUAUUUUUGUCGAGUGUAAUAUUUUAGUGGUAUGUCAGAUUACUUCCCAUCUUAAAAGGCACUUCUUGGGGUCAAAUUUCUGGUCAUUUACUGUUGUUGAUGAUCAGUCGUCUGUAUGUAUACUCCUGUGUAUUUAAACUAGUCAUUGUUAUCAAAGUUCCAGAGUACACUUUACUGCAUAGUUUUCCAAUCACUGGAAUAUUUAUAUCCCCUUUACGAAAUAUGCUGCAUUUUCUGUUUUCUUAGUAGAAGCUGUAUUCAAAGAGCUCAUUUUGAAUUGUUGACUUGCUGAAUAUGACAAGGCAAUCGGAAAUAAGACAAUAUGGAAAAUGGCACAAUGUGAACGGAGGUACAGGCUUCUGAGUCACUGACCCUGUGUUCAUAAGGGGAUACUUUUUCUGCCUGAAGUAAUUUAGGCUCAAAUUAGUAGUGUGUUGUUUAUUUCUGCUUUUGUCUUCUCUUUGCUAAGGUAUGCCAGCAACCUGCGCAUGGUCGUGGUUGCCUGGUUUCCUCCCACCAUAAUGCUCGUGGCUGCCGUAUACGUGAAAUAUUCGGGUGUAGCAUAAAAAAAAAAUUUCCCAAUCAAAUAAAUAAAUGAGCAUUCCUGCGUUUACGAGAGACAUUUAGUAGACCAGCUAGUACCAGUAACUUAUGAUAUGCCAGGAAUACAUAGAGAAAUAUGCCACUGUGUCAUGUGGUAGUUCACGUGUCUGUACAUCCUCAGAUCUCUUCCCUCACUUGAAAAUACACAAAGUGUACUGAGGAAUUAUGGGUAAAAAAAUGGUAGCCUCAUGAUCAACAGGUACUGUUAGUUUCACCAGAAAGCAUCGUGAUAUGUUUGUCCAUGAAUAGAAACGUCAGAUUGGCUAUUGCUGUGACUGCAUCAGUCAGUGUGGAGAGAGAGUACAUGUACCUGGUUGGGGAAUCAUAUAAAGAGAGUGUGGCACACUUUUAUCUAUUUAUGUACUUCCAGUUGAACACGAAAAUGUGGGGUAAAAUGUACUUCUGAUUAAUAUAAUCAUUCAUCACAAGAGAACGGUGAUUAAUUCAGCUUGUACCCAAAUCUCUCUUGCACAAGAAAAGGUAUAUGUAAGCCAUUCCCUCUUAACUACACACUGUAUGUUUUGUGAUGAUGCUUGAUUCUGAUAGCUAGACAUUCUAGAGAAUGAUAUGACAGUAGAGAUGCGUGUACACUCUACUUGUGCUAUUUGUAUUGCCCUAAAUGACCCUAAAUUUCCUCCAUGACUAACUUGCCCAUUUUUCCUGAUUCUGAAAGUUCUAUUGAUGUUAGAAAGGUGUUUUGAGGUUUGCUGGGAACGUGAGGUGAUAUUUUACUGGAAAAUUUUAAGUUUCAGGACGGAAAACAAUAUUUUGUGACAUUUAUUUGCCUCUGAAAAUGCACUUUUGUGGGUGAAAUUUUAGGUCAUUUACGGUAAUUGGACUAAUUAUUUAAUGAUGUUUCUGCAAAAUUAGUGAUUUUUAUUACACUGUGUAUAUAUUGUAUGCAAAUUAAAUUUAAGAAAACUUUGGAAAUACAUGUAAUUAUAUGCGUACUUGUACAUAUCGAUAAUAUUGUACAUAAAAUAUGAAGAAAAGUGAUGUUUAUUGGCAUAAUGUGGUUUAUAAGUUAUUAACUAGACUAGCACAGACUUUGGUAUUGGAAAAGACAUGGCCAAACAGUUCUUGGUGUGUCUUUAGUAGUUCACACCUGCCGACCAAUGCCUAGACAUGUCCGUAUACAUGUACUGUGAUUUAAGCAGUCAUCUGAAUGUUACCAGUGACCCACUGAUUUACAACAACAGAAUCACAUCCUUGUUCAAAAUGACAUCACCCAUACUGAAGAUUCACCCUACCGCCUGGGUCGUAACACCACAGGAUAUCAGUCCGUUGUGAGAACGUCGUGUCUGUCAGUGUGUAUCAAUAUUUAAAAUUUAUGUCAUGGUCUGCAGCAGCUUUUCACAAUUUUUUUUUUUUGUGACCUACGGUAAACGACGUAACUUUCGCUUCUGAGUUAAUGUCUUUUACUUUCGCACGUUCUGAGUUGGGGCCAAAAAAACUUUCAAAUUUGGGUAGGGUGAUGGGCUGCGAAAAUUUAUCCCUCUCAAUAUUCUGAUUAAAACUGAGGAAAACAUGAACUGUUGGCGGGAGGAGCAUCCAGGGAUACUUGAUCCGAAUCCUAGGGCGAAAGUUUAGGCCAUUUACCGUACAUUUUCACAGGGGCACGAUUUAAACAUUUUGAUACAAUACAGUGUAGGAUCUCUUACAUACCCAUAAUCUCUUCUUUCGAUGUGUUGAGAGACCAGAUUGGGACUACGGGUAGAUAUGACCAUCAGUAAUAGGAGUUAGAAACAGUGGAAGCUUUGCAAGCAUAGAAAUUGAAAUCGAAAUUGAGAUAAUCAUGCGCAAGUGGUUCAUUCUGUUCACCUCUUUCUCCCAGUUGGCAACAGUUGACAUUAAUUUAUUAGUCUGUACAUGUCCUCAUUUCAGACCAAAGCAGUGUUAAUAAAAGUCCACAUACAUGUACAGUGGGUAUAUGAAUGUUUUGUCGGCACAUGCAUCCUAUACAACAAAAAUGUAACUGGUGAAAGCAGCUAAACAACAACAACAAGUAUUUUUUUUGUGUAAAUAUUUUUGUGUACAGUAUUUUAUUGAAUUAAAUGUAUAUGUAUUCAGAUACGGAUGAAAUA